AUGGCCAAUCGUCGUGAACUAUCCGUUUUCGAACGAAUACCCAGAACCAUUUGUCAAAAUGCCAUAAAUAAUUUCCAUGAAAAAGGUCUUACAGAUGUUGCUGCUCAUUCUGGGAGGCCACCUCUUUUGUCUGAUCAUGAAGAGCGCACUCUUAUAUGUCAAGCCAGAGAAAAUAGAAAAGAUUCUCUUGAAUAA